GAUUUCUCAAAGAUGAGGCAAAUUAAUACAAAUACAGGAAAAGAGAGGGAGAUACGUCGUCGACCGGCACACCUUUCCUACCAAAAUAGGUGCGAAUCGGACCAAGAAGCCACUCUCCCAAGCCAUUGGAACCCAAUGCCAAGCAACCAGACACACACUCUGCAGCACCUUGAUGUCAGCAGCUCUGAGUACCUAGAUAUUGCCAGACUAGUCCGGAUGACACUACCAACUCUGAAUAUAGUCAGUAUACAGAGAUUACAGAACCCUUACCUAUGGAGGCUUUUUCAGUACAAGAGAGCAAAUUUGAGUCGCAGCCGUAAUGAAAACCAGAUGAACGUACAGAAACUCUUCCAUGCUGUAGAACCAUUACAUAUUGAUACUAUCUGCAAGGAAAAUUUUGACUGGAGACAAGCUAAAACAAGAACACAAGAAUUUGGCCAGGGAGCCUAUUUCUCGAACCGGUAAGUCGUUAAUGAAAUAGUUAUUUGGUUUUGUUCGAGUACACAGUGAAGUUCACAAACGCUAAAAUAUAAUUUUUAUAUUACAACAAUCAAGCAAAAACAACGAAAACACACACACACACACACACUAAAACACACGCAGA